CAAAAUUUGAAACGAAGUUUACAAUCUUAAGCGCAAGGAGAGGAGAAAAGGUUCACAUGAAUUGCAAUGCUUAUGGUGAUAUACCAAUGACAUUUACAUGGAGAAAAAAUGGACUAAUGUUAGAUCUAAUCUCAAAACCACGGUACAGCCAGCACACCGAGAACCUGAGAGGGGGCGAGGGAGCGAAAUUGAUUAUCGAGAAGGUUGAAAGGGAAGAUUCAGCGUCUUUUACCUGUACAGCGAUGAACGACUUUGGAGAAGAUUCCAUGAAUUUUCAAUUAACUGUCCAAGAUGUUCCUGAUGCCCCUCAAAACCUUGAAGUGCACGAUGUUGGAAGUCGCUCGGUUCGAUUGACAUGGAACAGGCCGUUUGAUGGUAAUUCCCCGAUAUUAAAAUACACAGCAUCGUGGAGAACAGUUGAAGAGCAAUCCGUAAGCGAACCACUAACGGCAGCAGGGGACGAAACCACUUUGACAAUUCGUGGGCUGAAACCGAAAACCAGGUAUUUCUUCAGGGUCAAAUGUGAAAACGCCCUUGGGGAUAGCCAGUACGGAGCUGAAGUUGCAGUUACGACACUGGAAGAACCACCGCGGGAUGCACCUCUUUCUGUGAAAGCCGUUGCUCUGUCAUCGAGAUCUGUCAACGUCACCUGGCAGAAACCGUUAACAAAUGAUGGUGGUGGUAGUGUAGACGGUUUUUAUGUUGGAUAUAAAACCAAAGGAGGCGCUGAGCCAUUCACAUUCAAAUCUGUUAUUUGUACCCAGGACCUCAUUCAGCAUUUUGAAAUUCGGAAUUUAAACAGAUUUACGGACUACACUGUUGUUGUACAACCUUUCAACAGCAGAGGAGCUGGGCCUCCGUCGGAAGAAAUCGAUGUGCGAACUAAAGAAUUCGAUACGCCAAGCACUCCAAUUAUCAAGUCCUACUACACGACAUCCAAAACUAUAAAAUUAUCCUGGGAAAUCAGUAUCACUCCUGACGCACCAGUUUCAGGAUAUGAUCUCUACCACAGAAUGGAUGGCAAUAACUGGCAAGAAAUACGACUGAGAGGCGAACACAAUGAAUACAUCUUUCACGAUCUACAGUGUGGCACUAAGUAUUUCUGUUAUAUCAAAGCAUUCAAUAGUGCUGGUCAUGGAAACGGAAGCGAAACAAUAUCAGUUAAAACCGACGGAAACGCUCCUAUAGCGCCAGACAAAAGAUUCUUACUCAGUCUCAACUUCACGACGCUAUUCGUCAACCUAAACAGCUGGCACAAUGGGGGCUGUCCCAUUCGUUUCUUCGUCGUCCAAUACAAAGCCAACGGUCAACAAGACUGGACGCUCGUGAGCAACAACAUUAUACCAGAACAACAGAAUAUCACCAUAAUGGAUCUGAUUCCUGGAACUUGGUAUUCUUUGCUGAUGACCGCCCGAAAUGAUGCAGGAUCAACUGAUGCUGAAUAUGUGUUUGCAACAAUGACAACAUCAGGAGAAUAUCCCCCGAGGCCUUCAGAAGUAAGUGAUGUCGGAGGAGCAUUCUAUCGUCAUCUCUUGAUCACAGUUCCUGUUGUUAGUUCUGCUGUGGUUCUUAUUGUUGUGCUAUGUGUGGUUUGUCUCAUCACAAGACGACGAACAUCAGGGCGCAGGACACUAGCAUCGGACGGUGCAGAAGGGAGUGAACCUAUAAAACCAGAAUCUAUGCCCUUAUCAUCUACAUACGAGACAGGUCAAGAACCAACCUAUUUUCCAGCUCCGUAUGCAGCCAGCAGAGUGCCAGGUUACAACAGAGAAUCAUGCGUUCAUCCAGGCAUGGGCAAUCAACAAAAUAUGGGAACAUUUGGAAGUUCUAGAAGUGGAUACACGUAUGAUGUUCCUUAUCCACCAAGAAAGAUGGACAAAGCGGAAAGAAACUAUGAAUCUCCUAUUUUGUAUUUAUCAGGCUAUAAUACUAAAGAUUUAAACAAUCGUCAGAGUCUUUCCAGUUGCGAUAUGUCGAGCAGAAAAAACAGACACAACUUAUCGUGGAGAGGAAUUGACGGAAGCCUUUCCAGCGGUGAGUCAGAUGACGGCCAAAUUCUACUUUCACAAGAAGAUCGGGUGAUAAAAGAAGAAUCUCGUGAAUCAGAAACAGAAUGUGACAGAAUAUGGAAAUCUCUCCAAGACUGUAAAUAUGAAGCAAACAAGAGGUGGGCUGAACAUGCCGUGUCUAUUUUAACUUAAUGUACAGAUUUGUCAGGUUAAG